CUAGGUUCAUAGUGGGUUGGGCAGUGUACAGUUCUUUCCUUACGCCCUUCGAAUUUGCAUUCUUCAUGGGGCUCCCUAGGAAGUUGUUCUUCUUGGACAUAGUUGGUCAGGUUGCCUUCCUUAUUGAUAUUGUCCUGAAGUUUCUUGUGGCCUACCGUGACCCUGACACAUAGCGCAUCGUAUACAAUCCAACCUCUAUCGCCCUCCGGUAAUAUUUCACUUACCCCAUGCUUUAACAGUACAACAAGAUUGACUGGAAGUUGCGCUGCAUUAUUACCUUAUAUUGGCAUUGAUAUCCUUCGAUUAAUUCCACCAGCUUGUACUUUGUGAAAUAUGUUAUUUGGUAACUCAAAUGUGGACGUAAGCAUGAUUUAUGUGCUCUAUACACCCAGAUAUUGCAAAUCAAGCUUCAUUUUCGAUCUCCUUGGUUGCUUCCCAUGGGAUGCUAUCUAUAAGGUUUCUGGGCAUAAAGAACUAAGAUACCUACUGUGGAUUCGCUUAACACGAGUGCUGAAGGUCAGAGAAUUCUUCACGGAUUUGGAAAAGGACAUCCGUGUGAAUUACCUGUUCACAAGAAUAGUGAAACUCAUAGUUGUGGAGCUCUAUUGUACACACACGGCAGCUUGUAUCUUCUAUUACCUGGCAACAACGCUUCCUGAAUCAAUGGAAGGAUAUACGUGGAUCGGGAGUUUGCAGCUAGGAGACUAUAGCUAUUCCCAUUUCAGGGAGAUCGAUCUUGCCACGCGUUAUGUUAUAUCAAUGUACUUUGCCGUCGUCACCAUGACAACUGUUGGUUACGGUGACAUUCAUGCUGUAAAUGUUAGGGAAAUGAUAUUUGUCAUGAUUUAUGUUUCCUUUGAUAUGGUUCUUGGAGCUUACCUUAUCGGUAACAUGACUGCAAUGAUUGUGAAAGGCUCGGCAACCGAGCGAUUCAGGGAUAAAAUGAAAGAAGUUAUCAGGUAUAUGAACAGAAAUAGACUUGGAAAGGACAUCAGAGAGCAGAUCAAGGGACAUUUGAGGUUGCAGUAUGAGAGCAGCUGCACUGAAGCCUCUGUACUUCGGGAUAUUCCUGUUUCUAUUCGUGCAAAGAUUUCGCAAACACUGUACAUGCCAUACAUUGAAAAGACACCAUUGUUCAAAGGAUGUUCGGAAGAAUUCCUUCAACAGAUUGUGAUUAGGCUGCAAGAGGAGUUCUUCUUACCAGAAGAAGUUAUUUUGGAGCAAGGGAGUGCGGUUGACCAGUUAUACUUUGUCUGUCAGGGUGCACUGGAAGGUGCUGCCGUUGGUGAAGAUGGUCAAGAGACUAUUCUAAUGUUGGAGCAAGGGAAUUCUUUUGGAGAAAUUGCUAUUCUCUGCAAUAUUCCACAGCCCUACACUGUUCGUGUUUGCGAACUUUGCAGGCUCUUACGGUUGGAUAAAGAGUCCUUCGCACACAUAUUGGAGAUUUAUUUCACUGAUGGAAGAAAACUUUUGAGCAAUCUUACCGAGAGCAAUGAAUACGGCAAACGGGUUAAACACAUAGAAUCAGAUAUCACUUUCCAUAUAGGGAAGCAAGAGGAAGAGCUUACCUUAAGAGUUAAUAACGCCGCUUUUUAUGGCGACCUUCAUCAGUUGACUGGCUUAAUCCGAGCUGGAGCCAAUCCAAAGAACAGUGAUUACGAUGGGCGGUCUCCUUUGCAUCUUGCAGCUUCCAGAGGGUAUGAAGAUGUUGUGCAGUUCCUUAUCCAUCAAGGGGCUGAUAUCAAUCUGACCGAUAAAUUUGGGAACACGCCCUUACUAGAGGCGGUGAGGCAGGGGCAUGAUAGAGUGGCCACAUUACUCUUCAGCAAAGGAGCCAAGCUGAACCUCGAGAAUGCCGGUAGCCAUCUCUGCAUAGCAGUAUCGAAGGGAGACUCUGAUUUCAUUCGGGGAGCUCUAGCUUAUGGUGUAGACCCAAACUCGAAAGACUACGACCACCGCAAUCCUCUCCACAUAGCUGCUGCAGAGGGCUUGUAUAUUAUGGCGAAGUUGCUGGUAGAAGCUGGCGCAAGUGUCCUUGCAACAGACAGACGCGGUACUACUCCUCUGGAUGAAGGACACAAGUCCGGGAGUAAGCCAUUUAUAAUGCUGCUUGAACAGGCGAAAGCCGAUGAGCUCUCCAAGUUCCCCACACAAGGCGAAGAAGUGAGAGAUAAGAUGCAUACACGACGAUGCUCCGUGUUUCCUUACUAUCCAUGGGAUACUGAUGCCAAGCGAAAGGAAGGGGUGAUGCUGUGGAUUCCUCACACUAUCAACGAACUCAUCAGGUCAGCCCAGGAGAAACUGGGUUUGUCCAGCUCAUGCCUGCGCUUGCUCUGUCAGGAUGGCAUGACGGUCCAGGAUGUGGACAUGGUCAAUGACGGGCAGAAGCUCUAUCUGGUUGGAGACAAGGACACGGGUGACAGCGAGUAG